AUGCGUUGCCUGUUACCCGUAUUUGUCUCGGACGUGGCCUCACGCAUCCUCCAAACGCCAAAUAUGCUAUCUAGAACAAACACGAUCACCAAGCAAGUCUCGCAACAAAAGGUCGCAAAUGAGAUAGGCCGUAAAUGGGAAAAGCCUUUCAGUCUCACCUUUAGUCAUCGUUCGGUUGUCAUGGCUUCUUAUCCCAGUGCCAGCGCCCCUGGGUCUCAUCUUUUCCUUUCCUCGUCAGCCACUGCUUCUUCAGCACCACGGUCUCCUCAGCCUCAGCCUCCGCUCCGCGGGAGCUCCCAGACUCCAGUCUAUUGUUGCAUUUCCAACCUCGCAACGCUGAAUUCGCUGGAACAACAUGCCUUCGAACAACAAGUGCGAUGCGUCUGUCAAGCCCAUCGGCCACCUGACCCCUUUUAUGACGGCCCCAGCCAAAAUUUCACGAACUACCCUCCGGCCGAGAACAACACAACGAAUAGCCGAACAGUCAUCGACCGUGACGGUGCUUCCAAUCGACUAAUUCCUGAUCCAUUCACGGUCGUCUUGAUCGCAACCACGGAUAAGCACUUUCGCGUUUAUUCCCCUGACUACUCUCAUCGACCAAUAUACGUAAUGCCUACGUCUCGAUAUGUUUCAGAGUUUCGGGAACGCCCAGGAUACCGCCUACGGUUGAGAAGCUGGCCCGCGUCUACCGCAGCACCAGUGGAUUCUCCCCCCGAGCCCCAGACUGCUGAAGGUGGCGUUCCUCAGGACGACCCCAUUCUAAAGACGCGGGUUCAACCUCGGCAUACCCUAGGGACGAUACUCGGGGCCAUUUUACUGUUGGUAAUUAUUACUCUUGCGCAUUUCUGA